AUAUGUAAUUAGAAUUAGUUAUAUCGUGACAUCAAAACUUGUUUUUCCCUGUUGGUUUAUUAUUGUAUGAAUAGUGACUCAUUUUAAAUUGUUUUGUUUAAGACCAAAUCAAACUAAUAUUUCAGCAAUGGAGAAAGAACUAGACAGAGUAAUAGAAGAGAUAAUGUCAACACCGAACGUAAACGGUUGCUUAGUGGCGGACCACCAAGGCCUGUGUUUGGCCUCGAAGGGCGCCGCGCACGUUGACUCAGCGGGCAUCAUCGUGGCCUUAUCUGACCAGGCCUGCAAGCUACAGCCUAACCUGAAGCCGCCGACAGUGAGCUUGGAGACUGACAAGAAACAGUGCCUCAUUCAGAGACAUGGGACAAUCACUGGCGCGAUUUUUAAACAGAAGGCUUGACCAUCGACCACUGAAGAGACUUAUGACAUCUUCAAUUAAGUACAUUAAAAUAUGAAGAAAAACUCUUCUUUUACUUGUUUCUCUUGUUUCCGUUUUUCUUUUUUCCUGGAUACAUAUACAGAAUGUUAGAUUAUUUAAAACAUAUUAUUUUGAUUAGUUAUAGCAUGUUGGCUGUAAAAUAUGUAUAAGAAUUUAUAUUAUCUAGACAUAUAAGACUGUACAUAAAUAAAUUUUGUAAUACUUGAA